AUAUGGGAAGAGACUAUGCUCCCAUCACCAACUCAGUCCUGCACCUUUAAGAAGAAGAAAAGGAAAAAGAAUCACAAGCACGAGUAUGCAUUGCAAGUGCUGGUGAUCACCUGGCCCACUGUCUCUUUCCCAGGGGCACGGGCGGCCCGAGCAGUCCCGCAGCCAGCGAACCGGGCGCGCAGCCGCCCACUUGCGCUGUGCCCGCCGCAGCCGAACCCGGCCCAGGCGGGAGCCGAACGGAGAGCGGGGAUCGCGAGCCCCGGCCAGAGCGAGCGCGCGCGGCCGCCGCCGAGUCGGCACCUGGAGGACAUGGAGGAAAGGCCGGCAGAGACCAACGCCAGUGUGGACGACUCAGCGCCCCCCUCGGUGGCCCAGCUGGCCGGGCGAUUCAGGGAGCAGGCGGCCGCUGCAAAGACACCAGCCAGUAAGCCAACAAGAAGGAAACCGCCCUGCUCCCUCUCUCUGUUCCCCCCCAGGGUAGAGCUGGGCCAGAAUGGUGAAGAGAAGUCACCGCCCAAUGCAAGCCACCCUCCUAAAGUCAAGGUGAAGAGCUCGCCUCUGAUCGAGAAGCUCCAGGCCAAUUUAGUCUUUGAUCCAGCGGCCCUGCUGCCUGGGGCCUCACCCAAGAGUCCUGGACUCAAGGCCAUGGUGUCACCAUUUCACAGCCCGCCUUCCACCCCCAGCAGCCCUGGCGUGUGGUCUCGGGCCAGCGAGCCGGAGGAGGUGCCCGUCAGCUUUGACCAGCCUCCUGAGGGCAGUCAUCUGCCCUCUUACAAUAAGGUGCGGACAAGGGGCUCCAUAAAAAGGCGCCCUCCCUCCAGGCGAUUCCGAAGGUCUCAGUCGGAGGACUGUGCGGACCUGGGGGGGCUCAGGGCCGAGGAGUCCUCCCAGGAGAAUGGGGCCAAGGAAGAGAAUGGGGACGAGGUGUUCCCAGCCAAGAGCAAGACCCCAGGAUCCCCUCCUCUGAGGAGGACGCCCAGCUGGACAGAGAAGCAGGAGGAGAAGGGCAGGGCUUUGAGGGUAGCCCAGCAGCACGAAAAGGCCGUGGGGAGCUCCGAGGAGGGGGCCAGCCAGCGUCCAGCCCGAGCCUCCAGCCCAGAAGCAGAGGACGGGGGUGGGAGCCCCACGGAGGAGAAACCGGCUGAAGGGCAGAUGGAAGGGCCUACGGAGGUGAAGGAGAGGGCGGCCAGCGAAGAGAAGGAGCCUGAACAAAGCAGCCGAGACACAGAGGGGCUGGAGGAGGGAGCUCUGGGGGAGGAGACCCCCCAAAACCCCCCUGGAGGAGGGGAGGGCGACCACAGUUCUGAGCGGGGGGCUGGCAAGGAAAAGCAAGAUGACGGGACCAUCCUCGAGCCAGGCUGUGACCCUGUCACUGACCAUGCCCAGCCGGACACUAGCAGUGAGGUCCCCAAGACAGAGGAUAAUACCCCUGUCCAGGACACUAAAAUGUGAAGAAGAUCUCAUUGUGCCUAGUGAUGAAGCUGCUGGAGCCGUGUCCUUGAAGUAGCAGCAAUGAUUGUAGCGGCAGCAAAGGAAGCCAUCGCAGAAGCAGGAUGGGCUGAGGGUCUGGAGUCAGCCUGAGGACACAGGGUGCCAUUUCCCGACCUCCGCACCAUUGUAGACAGAGAUUGGAUCUGAGGGCAGCAGACUUUUAUCAACUUGAUAAAAGUUGUGUCACUUGAUGGACUUGGUUUAAAAAAAAAAAACUUAUUUAAAGCAAUUUACUAUGGUGACAACUCCCCAGGGAUACUGGUCAAACUGUGGGGCCCAUAUACUGUCCACACCCACCUAACCCUAUAGCUGACCUCAGAACUGGACUGGGAUCUACCUAAUCAGAUUGUGUUUGUGUAAGGUGACAGCCUUUUUAUUGUUCUUAAGUUUUCAUGAUUCUCAAGCGUAAGUAAAAACUCAUUUCAAGUA